CUGGAAGGCCAGAGGAAGAUGGGCCCAGGAUGAGAACCAGUGAAUUGCUGUCAGGAUCCAGGAAGAGGUUAUGUUUUUCAGAUAAGAAAGCAGUAAUUCAAAUACAAUUAUAUAAACAAGAAGAUCAGAGGGGAAUUAUCCUGAAGGGUAUAAAAUGAAACAAGAGUCUGGGUCAUCACAGCAUCGGCUCACCAAUGCAAAGUAAGCAUGCCUGCCAUCUUCCUGCUGUCCUUGCUUCUGGGUCUUGCAUGUGGGCGAGCAAUGUCUUUUUGUAUUCCAACUGAGUAUACAAUGCACAUCGAUAGAAGAGAGUGUGCUUAUUGUCUAACCAUCAACACCACCAUCUGUGCUGGAUAUUGUAUGACACGGGAUAUCAGUAUCAAGCACCUUGUUCCCAAAUCUGCUCUGUCCCAGGAUGUUUGCACAUACAGAGACUUCGUCUACAGAACUGUGGAAAUACCAGGAUGCCCCCAUCAUGUUGCCCCUUAUUUCUCCUACCCUGUUGCUGUUAGCUGCAAGUGCGGCAAAUGUGAUACUGACUAUAGUGAUUGCAUACACGAGGCCACCAAGACAAACUACUGCACCAAACCUCAGAAGUCCUAUCUGGUGGGGUUAUCUGUCUAAAUUGAAUAAUGACAUAAUUUGCAAUCUGGUUAUGUGUGUUUAUCUUGAAUAAAAUAAUAAAAUAUCAUUAUGUUUCACAAUACCUUGUAUACAUUUGGAGUGUACAUUUCAACCCUGUGCAUACCCACACACGUAUCAGAGAGUUUAAGAGGCUUUAGAAGAAAAGGUGAGUGAAAGAUCCUUUGGGGGUUUUUAUAAGAGAAAGCGAAGUGGGGGUAAGAUGGAAAGCAGAGACGCAAAGUGCUCUGAAAGUCAGCUGUGAGAAGCUCUUCUAACAGAAUUACAAAAAGCAAUCUGAUCAGACGCUGAAGGAACAUAUGGCAUUUGGGUGCUAGAGACAUCGUUCAAAGGCUGGAAGCAGGGUGGAGGAGGGGAGUCGGGAAUACAUGAAACCUGCUGUGUUUAAUACUUUAUCCUAAUCACGCAGCCAUACUGGCUAAAACUUCAAAACUCAGUAAAGAGUAUGUGAACUAUUCUCUUUAAUUUAAUUACUCUGGUGGGCCAACAUGAAAGUUAUAUCCCAAAACGUCAAUUUACAAAGCCUGGAAAAGAGGCCACGAUCAUUUUACACGUGGAAGUCUAAAUCCUUCAUAGUCCUUCAGUAAUAGGAGAUACUUUCCAGCAUUGAUACCAGCAGCAACUUGUCCUGUUUUGGUUUCUGAUAUCAUGAAAAACUAGUACAAUUAUGAAAGGUUUUAGGAAUGGGGGAGAGUGCUAAGGGAUUUAAUGGAGUAGAAGAAUUCUAAUCUAAACCUUCAUUAAUAGUUAAACAAUGUUUUCUGGUGAAUACGCUUGGCAAGAAACUGUCUAUUUUUCUUUUCUUUCUUUAGAUACUCUUUCUUGAGAGCUCAGUUUCAACAGAUGCUGAAAGUGAGACAUUUGUAAUGCCCUGUAUAUUUGACCGGAAAAGGUCAUAAUAACUCUAAAAAGAGGAUUAUUUAUUCUCUAGUUGGCCUUUACUCUCUGACAACACUGUCAUCAUUAAGGUGAAAACCAAUUAUCAGCAAGGCUUUUGGCUUUGCUAUACCUCACAACUACUGGUGAAAUUCAACUGGGCAUCUUGUAAAUGCAUGUCAAUGACCAUGUGACAGAGGUGGUACAGAUACAUUAGUAUUAAAGUAUCAAACCAUGUUUUGCCAAAGUUAGGAAACAUUUGUGCAUUUACAUACAAAAGUGUCGGGAAUGUGCAGUACUUAUUUUUACCUUAGUAUCUGAAUAGAUAUUUGCAUGAUUUCCAAAUAUUAAUCCGGGACCUUGGGUUUUCAUAUCAGUUGAUAAUAUGAACACUUAAAGCUGCCCACCCCUUAGAACUGUCCAUCAAAUAUAGAUCUUUGAUUAAUAAGUAAAAGAUCUAAUUUUCCAACCUUUCUAGCACUAGUCCCAAAUGACUUUCAUUGAUUCAGAGAAAAAUUUUUCAAGGACUUGACCUACAUAAAGGCCAAGAGUUUUAAGGAGGCCCCUAUAAACAGUCUAGCUCAGAGAUUGUAAUUGUUUAAUUAUUUAAAUAGGCUUCCUCCACCUGCAGAGAGGAAGCUGGGCCUAGACUUAGGUGUGGUGAGCCUGUACUACCAUGAGCCAUGGAAGCCCAGAGUGGGCUCAUGACAGACUUUGCUCCCUUCCACUGACAGCAGUUCAUUUGGAUUGGACGCAUUCAUGAAUUACAUUAAAGUAUUCUUGAAAGUGGAGUAUUCCGAGGCAAAAAAUUAGGACAGAGUUCAGAAAUUAGAGUAACCAACAAAUCCAGUAGAUCCAAAACUUGGGGUUUGGAAACUUUCGGAGGGUCUUGGUGUCCUCUGGAUUUAAGAGAAGAAGAAUGGACAGAGUUUAGAAAUGGAAAGGUGAACGAUCAUUGCUUCCAUAAUAGGAAGAAAAUGAACACUGGAACAUUUUCUGAGGUGAUGUUUAAAUUCAACCCUAAGUUUAAAGGAAUCAGUUCUUGGCAGAGGAAGUUUGAAACCCUUUGCUUUAAAAAAAAUUCUCUCUUCUUUCCCCACCUUUAUGUUCUGAAAUACAAAGAAUUCUUUCAAAACUGGAUGGAUUUGGGAUCAGUACAGCAACAAUCUCUGUUUUUCUAAUGGGCAACUCUUUAACAGUAAGUAAAUGUACGAGGAUGCAUAUUAGCAGGUGACAGCAUGGUGAUUCCUGGUAUUAGGAAAUUCUGGGAAUGGAAGCUCUCCCAUUUAUAUAAUAAAUUGCCAU